AUGCGAUUCACAUCGUUAUUCACAAUUUCCUUCAUAUUUUCGGUCGUCUUCGUAAUUUCAGUUUCUGAUCAAGCGUUCGCCCUUUCAUGUCGUGAUCAUUACUAUCCAUUUGACCAUAAAUCAAGCAAGAAAAUUACUUGCGAUGUUACCAAAAACAAGGGUUUCGAUCAGUUAAAGUCAAAUGCUACUACUUUAAGUCCCGACCAGGCAUUCGUAAUUGAUUUUCAUUGUGGUGUCAACAAUGCAACAUUAUGUAACAAAGCAAAAAAUGCGUUUAUAUCAGUGGGUAUAAGAAUCGCUUCGGUCGUAAAUUUUAACACGCCUCUAAGAGUAAAUGCUACCUUUACGAAUUUUUGUACUGACCUUGGUGAAUGCCCAACACCAGGAGGAGGGUUGAUCUUAGGAUCGGCCUCACCUGCACGAACUUUACCACUACAAGAUGAUGAUGGCGUAACCAGAUAUUAUCCCCAAGCCUUGGUCAAACAAAUGAAUUUAGAAAACCAUCCCGCAUUCGGACCUUAUGACAUCACAGCAUUCUUCAAUACUCAAGCAAACAUGUUCUUCAAAGGCGAUCCAGAUAUUGGACCUGAUCAGUUCGAUUUUGAAUACAUUGUCACUCAUGAAUUUGUUCAUGGGCUCGGAUUCGCAUCUUCUUGGAGAAGCUACUUAACCGACACUCCUGUAAUAUUGACACCACUUCCGGAUUUUCUGAACGACGCCGAAAGCCUUAAUUCACCCGCGACCUUUACAGGUUUCAGUGAGUUGGCUUUCGAUAGAUACAUGCAAUUAAAGGAACCCGGAAAACCUGCGAUUAAUAUGACCACGUUGACCAAGCAAAUAAACAGUUUUGUGAAAAUCGGCACUCGAUUCAAAACAGUCAAUGACUUGUUAAACACUUUUGCAAAUUCCCCACAAUUUAAUCUCACCCAACAGCUACUGAUUGACGCCGAAACUCCGUUCACGAUGUCAUUCGUAACCAGAGAUUCCAGUGUUUCGUUGUUUCUUGAGACAAAGUUAAAUCCUUUUCAAGAUGGUUCAAGUGUCAGUCAUGUAGAUACACAAUUUAAAGCGUCAAGUGAUUUUCUAAUGGCUUUUUCGGCUUUCAAUGGUACUACUUUGGACGAUAUUAUAAAGAAAACCGGAGGUAAAUCGGCUCUAGGACCAAAGUUACUUAAGGUUCUCUCUACGUUAGGGUACAGUACGUCAAAUGAUCCAAAUCCCUAUCAACCCACCGCUCCCGGCAAUAAUCAAACCAACCCAAGUAUAUCUAGUUCUUCGGGGAAACGCACCACCCAGAAACGACCUGUCACACGGUUCAUUGAUGAGAAAUUCGUAUUAAUUGUGGUCACUCUGAAAGGUCGCACCGAAAAGUUAACAUUUGGUUUGGAGAAUAAGUUUCAAGCCUGCAAAUAUUUAGGGCCAUUCAACGAAAGGAAAAGAACCAUUUCAUUGACCCGCGGCAUUCUCUCUUAUCGAUUUCUGUUGCAUCUAAGCUGCACCGAUCCUCAAUAUCCGGUGAUUUCAUUUUUUGGUCAUAAACUUUAUCGAACGAGUUUGGAAUUAGGCACAGAGACUCGGCAAGAUGAACAACUCAUCUGGAGGUCCGGAUUUCGUAAAAAAGUUAUUCAGAGAAAAUAUGUCAACACACGGAUGUUGGAGGAUGAUUCCUACAGCGAGGUUGUUUCCUGGGGAGUUAAUGGUGAUAGUUUCGUGGUAAAGGAAAUCGAUACGUUCACGAAAAAAAUUCUUCCCCGCCAUUUCAAACAUUCAAAUUUCGCAAGCUUUGUUCGACAACUCAACAAAUAUGAUUUUCAUAAAGUUCGAAAUUCUGAUGAUACGGUUGCUCCGUAUGGCGAACAGGCUUGGGAAUUCCAUCAUCCUAAAUUCCAUUGUGACAAGAGAAAUCAGUUGGAUGACAUCAAGAGGAAGACUCCUAAUCGUAGAGGCGUGCCGGCCUCUCCACCAACGGAAGUUCCCAUUCACUUUCACAUCACAGAACUUCAAUCGCAGAUAAACCAUUUGACUCGGCUCCAAGCCAACAUGGACAAUCACUUACAUUCUCUUAGCGAUAAUUACAAUUCAAUUGUUCAAGAGCUAUCAAGUUUUCAAAAGAGCAUGGCUGCCCAAGACCAACUGAUGCAAAAUUUAGUGCAAUACUUGGUUAGUCUGGAGGAAAAAAAUUGUUUGUCUCGUGACACCAUAAACAAUCAAGGAAAUAAAUCCUCUGAUAGCAAGUGUAUAUCGUUUGCUCCUUCGGAACAGGCCCAGAAAUUGAUAAAUUCGUACACUGAAAUUUCACGUACUUCAUUCGAACAAAUAAAUAAAAUUUCGAGUCGCGCGCAAUCAAUACAUCAGUUAGCUAGCAAUGCGGUGGAAGGAAAUGCUAAAACACCAGAGACUGUCAAGAUUUCAUUGUUGGAAACACCGAUAGAUUACAACGGUUGCUCCUCGUCUAAUUCCAAAGAUAAUAGAAAUGUUGGAAGAUCAAACAUCAUUCGAAGUACUUUCAUACCAAAUUGGACCGUUCCACCCAAAGUCCUCCUGGUUGACGAUGAUGCAGUUUAUCAAAAUAUUGGUUCAAAACUUCUGAAGGUUUUUGGUUGCUCAAUAGACAUCGCCACGGACGGCCUCAGUGCGGUUGGUAAAAUGAAUAUCGAAAAGUACGAUCUUGUAUUAAUGGACAUUGUUUUACCAAACUUGGACGGUGUUGAGGCGACCGCCCAGAUUCGACGCUUUGACCUCAACACGCCAAUUAUCAGCAUGACGUCUAACACCACAGCUCAAGAAUGCAUCAAAUAUUUGUCGAAUGGCAUGAACGACAUCCUUGCCAAACCAUUUACCAAAACAAAAUUAUUGUCGGUAUUAGAGAGGUAUUGCAUGCAUCUUAAGAUCAUGCCAACCUUUCAAAAUAUUCAAAGGCCAUUCGGAAUUUCCAAUCGGCAGCUAGAAACGACCGCGUCUUCGGACGGUUCAAACGGUGGCGACGGGAAUGGAGAUGAUGGUAAUAAUUGGAUAUCAAAUCGGACACCUGUGUCCACAUCCGACGGGAGGUCGUACGUCGUGAGCGGCGAAAAUUAUAUACACAUAAUGAACGCCACUUAUGGAGUAACUCGAUACGCUGAGGAAAACGUGUCAAACGAUGGACCUCGUAAAAAGCAGAAAUUUGAAUGGAUUGAAUAG